AUGAAGGGGAAACAGUGCUUCUUGGUCCUGCGUCACCAGCAGUUUACCGUGCAGGCCCUGCUCGCCGUGGGAGAUCGUGCAAGCAAGCAGAUGGUCAAGUUUGCAGCUAAGUUGUUUUCUUCUCUAGGGAAACAGUGCUUCUUGGUCCUGCGUCACCAGCAGUUUACCGUGCAGGCCCUGCUCGCCGUGGGAGAUCGUGCAAGCAAGCAGAUGGUCAAGUUUGCAGCUAACCUCACGAAGGAGAGCAUCAUUGACGUGGAGGCCGUGGUGAAGAAGGUGGAGCAGAAGAUAGAGAGCUGUUCCCAGCAGGAUGUGGAGCUCCAUGUGGAGAGGAUCUUUGUGAUCAGCCAGUCUGAGGCCAGACUUCCUCUUCAGCUUGAAGAUGCUGUCAGGCCAGAGGGAGAAGGAGACGAGGAGGGAAGAGCCACUGUCAAUCAGGACACUAGACUGGACAACAGAGUUAUCGAUCUGAGGACCACGACCAGCCAGGCCAUCUUCAGGCUGCAGUCGGGCGUAUGUCAGCUCUUCAGAGACACGCUUAUCAACAAGGGCUUUGUGGAGAUCCAGACCCCCAAAAUCAUCUCUGCUGCCAGCGAGGGUGGAGCAAAUGUCUUCACCGUCUCCUACUUUAAAACCAGUGCAUACCUGGCCCAGUCGCCUCAGCUCUACAAGCAGAUGUGCAUUUGUGCUGACUUUGACAAAGUCUUCUGUGUCGGACCAGUGUUCAGGGCUGAGGACUCCAACACUCAUCGCCAUCUGACCGAGUUUGUGGGGCUGGAUAUUGAAAUGGCUUUCAAUUACCAUUACCAUGAGGUCAUUGACUCCAUUACUGACACCAUGGUUCAGAUCUUUAAGGGACUACGUGACCGGUUCCAGACAGAGAUCCAGACGGUGAAUAAGCAGUAUCCCAGUGAGCCGUUCAAGUUCCUGGAGCCCACGCUGAGACUGGAGUAUAAGGAGGCAGUGGCAAUGCUCAGAGCUGCUGGGGUGGAAAUGGGGGAUGAAGAAGAUUUGAGCACACCUAAUGAAAAGCUGCUUGGUCGUCUUGUGAAAGAGAAGUAUGACACUGACUUCUAUGUGCUGGACAAAUACCCCUUGGCGGUAAGGCCGUUCUACACCAUGCCUGACCCCAACAACCCGAAAUACUCCAACUCGUAUGACAUGUUCAUGAGAGGAGAGGAGAUCCUGUCUGGAGCUCAGAGAGUCCACGAUGCCCAGCUGCUCACUGAAAGAGCAAUGCACCACGGCAUCGACUUGGAGAAGAUCAAGGCCUACAUUGACUCGUUCCGUUAUGGAGCUCCUCCUCAUGCUGGCGGUGGCAUAGGUCUGGAGAGAGUGACCAUGUUUUAUCUCGGCCUACAUAAUGUACGUCAGACCUCCAUGUUCCCUCGUGACCCUAAACGCCUGACCCCAUAAAGAUUAAAGCAGCCAGUCGGCUUCUCGUCUCCCGUCCUGCCUGAAGCAGUAGAACCUCUCGGACACCCAGCCGUCAGGGAUCUGGACGUGCCAGGAUGUGGAAGUGCCAUGAUGAUUAACCGACACAAAUUCAGCCACUUUUAUAAUACUUAUCACCAGACACAACAUUACGGAUGUUAGAUAAAACUAAUGUACAUUGAAGGGAAUCGGUGUUAACUGCUAUAUAAUACAGGUGAUAUUGUGACAUGUAUUAUUAAAAUCAUACUGUACAUGUAGGUGUUUUUCUACGGAUGAUGUUCCUUGACACCAAGAUUUUGAGAAUUUUAACAAAUAAUUUAAACAGUACAUGCACAAUAAAUUAACUAAAUGGUACGUUUCUGAGUAU